AUGCCAUCACCACUCUCCACUGCCGCUUCCUUGGCCCUGAUGGCCCUGGUCGCCCUCCUCUCCGUCUCGACCAUCUCCCCCGUCGUUGACGCGACCGCCCUCACCUACAACGUCGCCGCCCACGAGCGUGCCUGCUUCUACGCCUGGAACGACAUCCCCAAGAAGAAGAUCGCCUUCUACUUUGCCGUCCAAUCGGGUGGAUCGUUCGAUAUUGAUGUUGAUGUCAGGGACCCCAACCAGAAGCAGCUCCUCUCGCUCGAGAAGGAGCGUCAGGGCGACUAUGUCUUCACCGGUAACGAGGUCGGCGAGUACUCGUUCUGUUUCUCCAACGACAUGUCGACCUUUGCCGAGAAGGCCGUCGAUUUCGAGAUCUCGAUCGAGCACGAGAAGCGAGCUGCCCAGUUGGAGACGAACGAGAAGGGUACUGGCCCCCAGGCCCACACUAAUGCAAUGGACGAGUCGUUGUUCCGUUUGAGCGGAGAGUUGAGCCAGAUUGACCGCAUGCAAAAGUACUUCAAGACGAGGGAGAACAGGAACUUUGCGACCGUGAUUUCGACCGAGAGCAGGAUCUUCUGGUUCUCCCUUUCCGAGUCUGCUCUGAUUGUUGUCAUGUCGGCGAUGCAGGUCUUUGUUGUCAGGACCUUCUUCUCCAGCGGAAAGCGAUCCUACGUCUAA